AUGCGGAAUGCAUAUCUUAGGUCUAGUUGUCUUAUUUUAAAGUCAACUGUGAACCAUCUUAGUUGCUUAUUUGCGAACAAUAAAAGUUCAUUAAUUACGUCAGCAAUAGUUAACAAGCCACUUCUAGCGCACAAUACAUAUAUUUCACUAAGCAGAUACUAUGGGAGUUCCACAUCUAAAAGCCCCAAUGACCCUACUGUAGAUAAAGUCAACACUAAAGUGGUACCGAAAAUAAAGACGAGCUUCUCUUACGAUGACUCUGUGAAAUCUAUUAAAUAUAUCACGCCACUCAGAGCUUUGCGGGAAUAUAUGCUGACAAAACAAGACCUAGACCAACUUCCACGUUACUAUAGCCGGAGCCCUUAUGGUAAUGAAACGAAGACACUUGUCUUCUUACGAUCGGAUGUGGAACAAAUGGCCUAUUCAAAGCAUGGUGGUCAUGAUGUAUUUGAGCUCCGUCGAAAGCUGAUGAAGGAUAUGGAGAGACGAACCAGGGCAGACUUAUUUAAUAUGAAAAGAGCUCUUAAGUAUCUAAGAAGCGCAGUUGAAUCCACAACAGCUGGAACUUCAAUUUUCAUGGAUAGACGUAAAAGAAUGUUCAAGUCAGGCCCAGGCCGCGUCGUCCUGUUCGCAAUAGCAGUGUAA